CAAAAUCAAACUUUUGGAAGUUUUUUCUAUCAAAUUUGAUAUUUUGUUAUGCUAAUCGUCGAAAAAUUUUCAGUUUUAUUUAAAUUAAUCCAAUACACGACGUUAUUUAACUUAAAAAAAGUAAUAAUUUCCUCAUGAAAACGUGUUUACAGAUGUGCUAAACUUUAAGCGGCAAUUCCUAACCGUAUGUAUGCAGCAGCUGAGAUAAUUCGCUGAAAUUGACUACAUAAUCGAAGAAAAAUCCAUCGAAACGAGUGAAAUUUCCGCCGAAUUGGACGAUAUUACGCGGUAAUUAGUGUAAUCACGAGAAUCGGUCACUGACAUUUGAUAGAUUUAUGUGGUUGCUGGAGCAGCGUUUGAUAUAACACUCGGUUUUCUCUACACCGAACGAAUAGUUACAACUCUAUUGCCGACGUACGGUUAGAAUUUUAUUCCAAUAUCAUGAGUAAUAUGAACGUAGAUUAUGUCACAUUGCACUAUCGUUCUGUUCUAAAUGAUUUCUCAAAUCAGUUCGUCAAUGAAGAAUUCUCCGAUUGUAUAUUGAACGCCGAAGGCAGAAGUCUGAAAGUUCAUAAGGCAAUGCUGUGUGCUCAGAGUUCGUUCCUAGAAAAAAUGAUACUCGAACAUCAGAACAUCGGCGACUUAUGUUUCAUUAUCGAAGGAGUAUCGUUCGACGACUUGAAAUCAGUAGUGCAGUUCAUGUAUAACGGAUCGGCGAAACUGUACAAACAGAACUUCGGAUCGUUUCUAGUAGUCGCAGAAUUACUCGGCGUCAAGUGGCUCGAUCGUGUGCAAAUUCUAAGCGAAACCGAACCGUCGUCCCAAGCAACAACAACCAACGUUUCGCAACCGAACCAAACUAUUAAACCAGUAGUAAAUAUCGAAACACAACCGAUCUCCGUCUUCAGAGAUAUUACCAAUUCUCUAGAUACCAAAGCGAUCAAACGUAAGAAGCAUAUGAAGAACAAAAAGCACUGCAAACGAUCCAAGUGUGCUAAAGAAGAUCAUCGAAGCGAUCGUAGAAAACAUAAGCUCAAUCAUACCCUCAGACGAGCCGAAAACAGGGAUACCGGGUCCGGUAAACAGACUCAUUUGGCUGAUAUGGACGAAAAUACAUUUUGUACCGCGUUAGGAUUGAAGAAAACCCAAUUACAGUCGCGUGAUAACUCGAAACCGGACAGUGCUACGAAGACUGACGCUAAAAUUUUCGUCGCUAAAAGUAAAAGUGUUCCUCCUUUGAUUAAAAUUAAUCGUGAAAUUAAAUCCAACGUCGUCGAGAGUUUCGAUACCCGAGAUGCUAAUAUGUUCGUGUCCGAAAUUAAUACCGUUUAUAUCGAGGAUAAAAAUUUAUCGUUUUUGAAUAUCGGUGCUAAUGAAUUGUGUAUUCGCGAAAAUAAUAUCGAAAUCGAGUGCGAUGUGUUAGACGCGUCUUCCUCUCAGUUCGUCAUCGAUAAACAGCCUGUUGCCAAUAUCGUCGAGUUGAGAGAAGAAAAUAUAAUACAGGCUGAAUUUGUUGAUAUUAAUCCAGAUUGACGAAGUUGACGAUUUCCAAUUACGUGUUACGAAAAAUUUCUCUAAAAACAAACCGUUCGUUCGUUCGUAUAAUUGAACAAGAGACCAUUUAAUGGCAUUUGCGUCCCUUGCGACGACGUCCACCAACUACGCCACAGUUACCGAAUACGAGAAUAUUCUACGUAUAGUGAUUUUUCUACAAAAAUUGUGUUACCAUUUUUUAAUUGUUAAAAUUUUUUUAUCAUCGUUGAUUAUUUUUAUUAUUAUUACGUUGAUGUUUAUAUUACUUAAACAGUAAAUUAAUUUGG